ACCUUCCACAAAGAAUCAAAAGAGUGUGGACUCUCCUAUCAUCCUCAUUUACUCAAACUCCAGCGUUGACAACUCUGCUCUUCCCAAUUAACAGAUCUCAGCAGAAUUAUCCUUUCUCUUUCUCUUCUCAAUUAUUCUUCCAAAAGGGUAGUUGCUGAAGUUUGGAGGUCCAAUGGCGAUUGGUAUGAAGCAGAUGUCUAUGAUAAUAGCAACCCUUGGUGUUUUAUCCUUUAUAUUUGGAGUUAUUGCUGAAAACAAGAAGCCUGCAGCUGGGACUGCAAUAUCAGGAAAAGGCGUUGUUAUUUGUAAAUACAAGUCUGAUCCUACUGUUGCCUUGGGCUAUUUGUCUUUUGCUUUUCUUGCUGCGUCUUCCGUGGCCGGUUUCCUUUCCUUGUUUUAUCCGUAUCAAGGGAAGUCAAUUCCACAAGCUGCUUUGUUGAGAAACACUAGUUUCGUCGUGUUCCUCAAUAUUGCAUUGGGAACAACUGGUUUAGCAGCAGCAUUGUUGUUGUGGCCUACAAUCUCCGAGCAACUUCACAUUACGCGCAACAUUCAUCACAACUUGCAGACCGAUUGCCCAACAGCUAAGACAGGUCUUCUAGGCGGUGGCGCCUUCUUGUCUCUUGACUCUGCGCUCUUCUGGUUGGUGGCGUUGAUGUUAGCUGACAAUGCUCGCGAGGAUUAUUUCCAAGAAGCGGAUGUCAAGGGCGAGUUGAAAGCAAGUUAUGCAGAUGAUGAAAUUAUCAAGAGCAGUGCUUAAGUGAAAUAUACUAUUCUACUUUCUCUUUGUUAUGCCGCUGUUGCAAAGUGAACUUUUAGCACAAGCUGUUUAUAAACAUGAUUUCCUGCCUUUC